ACUGCAUCGCUUCAGUUGUGCAGCCACAUCUGAGCUGGGUGGUUCGCUCUACCAUCAAUACCACCAGUCACUCUCAUAUCAACACCGUCUUUACAUCGAAAGACACCGAUAAUGGAAUCAUUUGCCGAAUUGCUCUAUUAAGCCUAUUAAGGGGAACAAAGUUGUGAAUAAAAGGGGCCCGUAUUACCCCCUUUCAGCAUCACUUUUUACAGCGCAACAGCUACUGGUGGCGUUAAUUUGACAAUUCUCCUGGAUAUCCCUCUGAACAGUGGAUGGAGUUGUCUGGAAUUUGAAGAGAAUAUUGCUCUUUUGAUCAGCACCACGCCGACGAUUUGAUAACAUGUUCAGGAAUAAAGUUAUGCUGAAGGUGAAGGAUCAGUACGCAAGAUGAAAUUGCAAGGACAGAAUAGACUGUCACCAGUCCUUCACAUACAGGCAACAUUUUCUCUGAAGGCAAUGUAGCUCCACAUCUUGUCACAAGAUCUUUAAAUCAGGGAGCCUGCUUUGAGUGGAUCCAUUGGGAAAGGUGUUCCCUCACUCACCUGUCAACCUGGGAAGCCUGAGGGACUGACGUUUGGCACCUUUGGGAGAGGACAGCGGCUUUCAAGAGCUUCGCUUGGCCGCGAAGAGGAGGAGAGCCGACAGGAUUAUCUCUCACCUCUGUGUUGUCCAAAGCCGCCUCCAGGGGGGGGGGAUCCACACGGUCCGGUAGGGAGUCCACGUCGGGUAGCCAAGCAGUGCUGUGCUGCCCACUCUCACUCCAACCAAACAUGCAGAACAGGGCUCGCACUUAAGAGGGAGGCCAAAUCCAUGAGAAAUAGUUUUUUUUUUCCCCCAACCCAAAAGUACAGCUUUGAGCAAUGAAAUAAAUCCAAGAGGAUCCUUUCUACCUCGCUGAGCUAUCAGGUUGAUAUUCGGUUGUGCUCUUCAGUCUGAAUCGAGAAGGAAAAACGAGAACAAAAGGGGGGAAAGAAAUCGUUCGGAAGGUACACGCGGGUUUGGGCGACUGCCAUGUCUCCGGUUUCUGCCAACAGACGGACCUGGCUGGGCCAUCACCGCGGCCUGGCUCCAGUCCCUGUCCUCCUCCUCCUUCUGUGCCAUGUCUUGGCAUUGCGCGCCGCCCGUCCCAAGGGCCCUGGCCACACGUAUCUCAACUCUAUCCGCAUCGACGGCGACAUCUCGCUGGGCGGCCUCUUCCCAGUGCACGCGCGCGGCCACGACGGCAAGGCGUGCGGCGAGCUCAAGAAGGAGAAGGGCAUCCACCGGCUAGAGGCCAUGCUCUUCGCGCUCGACCGCAUCAACAAUGACCACUCGCUGCUGCCCAACAUCCGCGCUGGUAGCGCAUCCUGGAUCCUGCGUGCUUUCGCGACGACCGCCGCCCUCGAGCAGUCGCUCACCUUUGUGCAGGCGCUCAUCGAGAAGGAUGGCUCCGACGUCAAGUGCCUGGGUGGCGGCGCGCCCAUCAUCUCCAAGCCCGAGCGCGUGGUGGGGGUCAUCGGGGCGUCGGCCAGCUCCGUGUCCAUUAUGGUGGCCAACAUCCUCCGCCUGUUCAAGAUCCCCCAGGUAAGCUACGCGUCCACCGCGCCCGAGCUAAGCGACAACACCCGCUACGACUUCUUCUCCCGAGUCGUGCCCCCGGACACCUACCAGGCCCAGGCCAUGGUGGACAUUGUGAGGGCCAUGAACUGGAACUACGUCUCCACGGUGGCCUCAGAAGGAAGCUACGGAGAGAGCGGAGUGGACGCCUUCAUUCAGAAGUCCCGUGAGGAUGGUAGCGUGUGCAUCUCGCAGUCUGUCAAGAUUCCAAGAGAGCCAAAGCAGGGAGAGUUUGUCAAGAUCAUCCAGCGACUCUCGGACAACCCUAAUGCAAGAGUCAUCAUUCUCUUUGCCAAUGAGGAUGACAUUAGACGGCUUCUGCAAGCUGCAGAGAGAGAGAACAAGAUUGGACACUUCUUGUGGGUAGGAUCAGACAGCUGGGGGUCAAAGAUCUCCCCUGUGGAGCACCAGGAGAGAGUUGCAGAGGGCGCCAUCACCAUCCUCCCCAAACGCCAGCCCAUACGAGGUUUUGAUCGCUACUUCAUCAGCCGAACACUGGAGAACAACAGGAGAAAUAUCUGGUUUGCAGAGUUCUGGGAAAACAAUUUCAAUUGCAAACUCAGCCGACACCCCUUGAAGAAAGGCUCGGGAAUAAAAAAGUGCACAAAUGAGGAACGGAUCGGGAAGGAUUCCUUGUAUGAACAGGAGGGGAAGGUCCAGUUUGUGAUUGAUGCAGUGUACGCCAUGGCACACGCUCUUCACAACAUGCAUCUGGAUCUGUGCCCAGGGAAAGUGGGACUGUGCUCCAAAAUGGAACCCAUCAAUGGCACUCUACUACUGAAAUAUAUACGCAACAUCAACGUCACUGGUAUUGCUGGUAAUCCUGUGCUCUUCAAUGAAAAUGGAGAUGCUCCAGGCCGCUAUGAGAUCUACCAGUACCAAUGGAGGAACGGAUCGUCUGAAUAUAAAAAGAUCGGCAACUGGACUGACCAGCUUAAUCUCGAAAUGGAGGAGAUGCAGUGGCCUGGUGGAGCUCAGCAGGUGCCCACCUCCAUCUGCAGCCAGCCGUGCAAGCCAGGCGAGCGGAAGAAGGUGGUCAAGGGCAUGCCCUGCUGUUGGCACUGCGAGCUCUGCGAUGGCUACCAGUACCAGUACGACCGGACCACCUGCAAGAUGUGCCGCUUCGACCUGCGGCCUAAUGCCAACCACACGGGCUGCCAGCCCAUCCCCAUCGUCAAGCUGGAGUGGAGCUCACCGUGGGCGGUCAUCCCCGUGCUGCUGGCCAUCGUGGGCAUCAUGGCCACGCUGUUCGUGGUGGUCACCUUCGUCCGCUACAACGACACGCCCAUCGUCAAGGCGUCCGGGCGUGAGCUGAGCUACGUGCUGCUGACGGGCAUCUUUCUGUGCUACGCCACCACCUUCCUGAUGAUCGCCGCGCCCGACGCGGGCAUCUGCGCACUCCGCCGCAUCUUUCUGGGCUUGGGCAUGAGUAUCAGCUACGCGGCGAUGCUCACCAAGACCAACCGCAUCUACCGCAUCUUCGAGCAGGGCAAGGUGUCGGUCAGCGCACCACGUUUCAUCAGCCCGGCCUCGCAGCUGGUCAUCACCUUCAGCCUCACCUCUGUGCAGCUGCUUGGUGUCUGCAUCUGGUUCUCCAUGGACCCCUCGGAGGCGCUCAUCGACUACGAGGACCAGCGCACCGUCAACCCGCAGCUGGCGCGCGGCGUGCUCAAGUGUGACAUCUCGGACCUGUCGCUCAUCCUGCUGCUGGGCUACAGCAUGCUGCUGAUGGUCACCUGCACCGUCUACGCCAUCAAGACCCGCGGCGUGCCCGAGACCUUUAACGAGGCCAAGCCCAUCGGCUUCACCAUGUACACCACCUGCAUCAUCUGGCUGGCCUUCAUCCCCAUCUUCUUUGGUACCUCCCAGUCCACAGAAAAGAUGUACAUCCAGACCACCACGCUGACCAUCUCUGUGAGCCUGAGUGCCUCUGUGUCCUUGGGGCUCCUCUACAUGCCCAAGGUCUACGUGGUGCUCGUCCACCCGGAGCAGAACGUGCCCAAGCGCACGCGCAGCCUCAAGGCAGUGGUGACCGCCGCCACCAUGUCCAACAAGUUCAACCCCAAAGCCAGCCUGCGGCCCAAUGGCGAGGCACGGACCGAGCUCUGCCACAACCUGGAGACACAAGCCUUUGGUUCCAAACAGACAUACAUAAGUUACAGCAACCAUGCGCUCUAGAGGAGCUUCCCCACCGUGUACCACAGAUUGACCUCACAGAGAGCAGCCCUUCAUUCUUAGGCUGUCCACAUGGUAAAGACGGAAAUAAAAAAAGGCAUAUGGACUUCUCUGGGAGAGAUGGCUCUCUAAAUGAUCUCACUAAAUGAGGAUAUGGCGCAGGAGCUCCAAACGUUGGUCCAGAAGAAGAACUUGGACCGGUCCAAGACUUGGAAUGUAUGCUUCUGUACGGCAGUGUCACAUCAGUGUGUGUGUGUGUGUGUGUGUGUGUGUGUGUGUGUGUGUGUGUGUUCGUGUGAGCAUGUGUGAGCACAGCGUUUGCACGACCAGACACAAAGAGAGGAUCUCGUCAGAUGGACAGAUUGAUUCUUCUGUGAAAACUACUUAUCAGCUGUGGGCUCUCUCCCACUAGUGUUUUGCUUUUGGUUCAAAACUCUUUUCAGUUUUGGGCAAUCUCGUGGUCUGUUGGUUGACUACACUCAGCAUCAAGCAUUAACUUUUGAUGCUUUAAGAUAUUGUGGUGGGUAAACUGGGUAGCACAAAUGCAGAUUGAUGGAUUCAGGGUUUAUGUGUGCAUUAACCCCAAAGAGAAAGAGCAACACUGCAAAGAUGAAUCACAGUCACAUGAUGUUGACUGAGCAGGGUUUGAUUCAAAACAUCUGACUCCUUCCCUAAUGUUUGGAAAUAAUGUGAACGAUUGCAGCAAAACACAUUUUGUCAAUGUUUACAGAUGUUGAGCAUGUUGGUUUGAACAUCCCUGUGUUGUGUUGUAAAAAAAAAAAAAAAAAAUCUGUGAAAUGCAUUCAAACUGUGUCGUUGCAGUACCACUAUUUGGUCCCUGGUCAAUUGUUGAUAAAAAUGAACCUGGUUAAGUGAUGGGUCUGAGUUUAUGUAUGCUUGAGUGACCCACUGUCAUAAGAAAUAAAAUAAAAAUAAAACAUGAGAUGGCCUUUGGUUUUGCAGUGAUGGCUGCAAGACAUUCACUUCCGCUUGUAACAGAUUCGUAACAAUUAGCCCAACUAAUUAGACCAUAAAUAUGUUGUAGAGAAAUGGUUUACAGCACCCCCAUUCAAAUAUGUGUGGGUUCAUGUCCACAGUCAUACCUGUAUGUGUACUGUGGGCUUUAGCACAGUUGUGAGUCCCCAUACAAACAUACAAAACAAACUUAACAUAGUGGCGGAAGGCUUGUAACUAUUUUACUUUAAUUUAACUUUUUAAGACAAGUUCCUAAAUGAACAAAUAGAUGACAGGUCAGUGGCCAGAAUAGAAAGAACUUCGGGAUGAAAUGAGGUUUUACGUGUCAAAACACUGAACUAAUUCCUCCCUGAUAAUAGAAAUGUCCCCAAUGCAGAACACAGCUACCACCAGUAGACAGCACAGAAAUCAGCAAAGGCUUGUAUCCAUCCUAAUGUACCCUAACUAACAAACUCAAAUAAGCACAGGGAUAUGAAGCAAGGAAAGCACAAGGGUGGUAUAUGUAAGGCAAUUACAAAUGUUCUAAAAGUGUUACAAUAUACAGCCCACGUAAGGCACAAAGUCUUAGUAGCCAUGAUAACUGCCUUUGAUGCACAAACUAGGCUCCAGACUGACAAAUAACACAGAAAUAUUUAAUGACGCUGAAAGAGCUUUACACAAAGGAAACACUGUUGCUAAGGUGAGCACCAGCAAUUUUAUACUGAGUAAUGGCAAAAGCUUGCAUAUGGGAACUCUCUACUUUUGACUCAGAAAGUCUCAUUCAGUGGAAAGGCUUACUGUACAGAGUAAAAAUAUCUGACCAAUGAUUUGGGAGGCUGCAGAUGGGAACACCAUGUGAGUGUGCAGAAUAUGACUGAUUCAUGUGUAAUGUCUCUCAGCUAGUUGCUAAAUUAGGAAAGGCUGUAAUGAUUCAAAUGAAAUGGUCUUGUUUUUGGUUCACCUUUUCAGAGAAUAUUGGUUGUUUGUGAUGUAAAUUCAAUGACUUGCUGCUUAUGUUUUUCUCCUACAUUUGUUUUCAGCUGAAUAUUUGUGUUGCAAAGCAAAACAUGUUAGUGCUGACCAAAAUUAAAUGGCAAGUUAAUGUAUGUUACUAAAUGGAUUGGUAAUGUUUGCGUUUUGUCCUGACAGCUUAAAAACGAAAAAAAAAAAAAAAAAAAAAUGAUACAAAAAAAUAAAGCAGUGCCUGGAUAUCUACUGUAUGAUGAACAAAAGUAUUUGUUAAAAAUAAAAAAAACAAAGUAUGUGAAGCAUGUUCAUUUUUUUAUACAAGAACAUAUUUCUAAUAAAAUGUUUUACAAACCAA